GUCAAAACUAUGUUUUCAAAAAGAAAACGGAAAACUCUUGAGGGUUUAAUCUUAGAAGAGAGAAUAAAUCAGCUCGGCCAAUAUUACAUGCCAAUGGAUCUCAAUCCACUGUUUAAAAGUCAUAAAGUAAAAGCUAUAAAAAGGACAAAAUACAUUUUGGUACAUGCGUCAAGAUCUAGUUUGCAGAAUAGUAAUUUUCAAGAAAUACUACGUUGCUCUUUAACUUUAGUAUACUAUUUUGCGAUGAGAUUGAAAAUUAGGAGACGCACUGGUCGAUGCUGGAACUGGUAUGGUCGAAGACAGUUUAUACGUGCCGAGCAACUGUUCCACAAAGCUAUGGCGAGUUUGCAACCAGAACGCAGUGAAGAUUCCAUUAAAGUAACAUUGAAUUUCUUUACCGAAGUAUCAUUAUGGCCUUUUGAAAGUUUCGUUCAGCAAAUAUUAGAAAUUGUGUUAUACUAUAAUCGUGGUAAAUCUACCCUAUUCUAUCUGAUGCUAUCUGAUAUUCAUUGCAUUUUAUUUACCGAUGUGGUAUCAGCUAGACAUCGUAUGAGAGUACUUUACGAACUACUGCAGAGUGAAAACUGGAUAAUUGAUAAGCAAAAGUUGCUUCCUUUCAUUGUAAGGUUUUUGAAUUUUUUCGCAUACAGUAUCGAUAAAGGAGAGGAUAAAGUACCAGCCUAUAGAUAUCUUAAAAAAGGCUUUGAAGUUUGUCUCAGACGAAUAUUCGAAAGAGCUGAAAACCGACAUAGACUGACUAUUAUCGCAACUAUGCUGAACUGGUUUUAUAUUGUUAACAUGAGUGAUGAUGAUAUAUUUGAGUUUUCCUCAUUAUUGGACUACGCUGCGCAGUUGUAUCAAGUCAAAAUGUACAGCGAGAGCUUUAGUGAAGGUCUAUUCGAACACGUAUUAAAAAAUUUGAUAGGUUCACCUAACACUUUACACAGCCUUGUUGGUAUUCGUUUGCUGAUGAGAUUCCUCGACCGACAAUGUAAUGCUCAAUAUCUCGUUGUGCCGACAAUUUAUUACAGUUUCUCUCAGGUGAAUUUAAAGAUUGGCGUAUACGACAGCGGAGAUAAAGCAUUUAUACGUCAACAUCGAGAGAAAUUGCACAAUUAUUUCCUUAAAGCUGUCAAACAGCACUAUUAUAGUGCUGUUAAUUUAAAAGCUAUAUUUACAGCGAUAAGCUGUAUCGUGCUGGAAGUGCCUUGUGGAUUGACAGCGGCUGCUGCAGCUUGUAUGGUCAUGGUUAUCCAGGACUUUGCGAUAAAUGCUGACGAUAUACCAGUUAGAUGUAGAUAUUGGAUGCAUGCGAUAGUUGUGUCAGUUAUGUCUUUAGUAUGCUGGGUACAUAAGGCGCCAGAUCUAUACAGAUACGUUAAUCAAAUAAUAUCAAGGCGAGCGAAGGAGGCGCCACAAUUAAAUCCACCGUUGACGAAAAUCUACAAUGUUGAGAAUAAGCAUAUAAUGUGGAAUAAACCGACGCUGUUCUUCGAGGAUUGGGAACUACGUUACGGUCUAUGGAAACAUUUUCAGGGUACCCCUAGCAGAAGACAUCACAGUUUUUCGAAGUUGAAAACGCCGUACAUUAAUAUUAAAGCAUGAAUUUCUCAUUUAGAUUAC